UCCAAGUCUUUGGAAUAUGGACAGAUUUACAUCUGCGGUUUUCCUCUUGGCGCUGGGGUUCCUUGUCUGCGAAGGGGGUAACCUAUGUUGCUCAGAUCCAUGUCAGAACAGGGGCGUUUGUACAGCGCUUGGAUCUGAUAAUUAUGAGUGUGAUUGCACACGAACAGGAUUUCAUGGACAAAACUGCACAACUCCUGAAUUCCUCACCUGGGUCAAAAUAUCCCUGAAGCCAUCGCCCAACACUGUCCACUACCUUCUCACCCACUUCAAGGGCUUCUGGAACAUCAUCAACAACAUCUCCUUUCUCAGGGAUGCCAUCAUGAGAUAUGUGCUGACAUCUCGAUCCCACUUGAUUGAUAGUCCGCCGACCUUCAAUGCAGAUUAUGGUUACAAAAGCUGGGAAGCAUAUUCCAACCUCUCCUACUAUACACGCACCCUCCCCCCUGUGUCAGAGGAUUGCCCAACCCCUAUGGGAGUAGAAGGUAAAAAGGAGCUGCCAGACGCUAAGCUAUUGGCAGAGAAGCUUCUUAUGAGAAGACAGUUCAUCCCGGACCCACAGGGCACCAGCCUGAUGUUUGCAUUCUUCGCACAGCAUUUCACCCACCAGUUCUUCAAAUCUGAUAUGAAGAAAGGACCUGCUUUUACUGCAGCUAAAGGCCACGGGGUGGACCUCAGCCAUAUUUAUGGAGACACCCUGGAGAGGCAACACAAGCUCAGACUCUUUAAGGAUGGCAAGCUUAAAUAUCAGAUCAUGGAUGGAGAGAUGUAUCCCCCAACAGUAAAGGAAGUGGGCGCUGACAUGCACUACCCUCCUCACGUUCCCGAGUCUCACCGCUUCGCUGUGGGCCACGAGGCGUUCGGCCUGGUCCCCGGUCUGAUGAUGUACGCCACCAUCUGGCUACGAGAACACAACCGAGUGUGUGAUGUGUUGAAGGAGGUCCACCCGGACUGGGAUGACGAAAGGCUCUUCCAGACCACCCGGCUCAUUCUGAUUGGAGAGACCAUCAAGAUUGUGAUCGAGGACUAUGUGCAGCACCUGAGCGGCUAUAACUUCAAGCUCAAGUUUGACCCCGAGCUACUGUUCAACCAGCGCUUCCAGUACCAGAAUCGCAUUGCAUCUGAGUUCAACACCUUGUACCACUGGCACCCUCUGAUGCCUGACAGUUUCCACAUUGAGGAGAAAGAUUACAGCUAUAAAGAGUUUGUCUUCAACACCUCAGUAGUGACCCAACACGGCAUCGGCAACCUUGUGGAGUCGUUCAGCAAUCAGAUCGCAGGACGGGUUGCUGGCGGCCGAAAUGUGCCAGGACCAAUCAUGUACGUGGCCAUUAAGUCCAUUGAAAACAGCAGAAAAAUGCGCUACCAGUCUCUGAACGCCUACAGGAAACGCUUCUCCAUGAAGCCCUACAGCUCCUUUGAAGACAUGACAGGAGAGAAAGAAAUGGCUGCAGUGCUCGAGGAGUUCUACGGACACGUGGACGCUGUGGAGCUCUACCCGGGUCUGUUGGUGGAGAAGCCCAGGUCUAACGCAAUCUUUGGCGAGACCAUGGUGGAGAUGGGGGCACCUUACUCCCUCAAGGGCUUAAUGGGAAACGCCAUCUGCUCCCCGGAGUACUGGAAGCCGAGCACAUUCGGAGGCAGCGUGGGCUUCGACAUCAUCAACACCGCCUCCCUGCAGAGGCUUGUGUGCAAUAACGUCCAGGGCCCCUGUCCCGUGGCAUCCUUUCAUGUACCCAACGUAAAAGACACGGGGUCGAUGAUCAUCAACUCAAGCUCAUCACACUCACGCGAGGGUGAUAUCAACCCCACAGUCAUUUUGAAAGAAAGGACUACUGAGCUCUAA